UCUCCGCACGUGACCUGCUGGCGCCUUGAAGCCGGGGUUUGAGGUCGGCACCGGCAGUGAAACGGGAGAGUGGCACCGGGGAGAGGAAGAGCAGCUGCAUCGAACCGGGAGCGGCGGUCAAGAAUAAGGAUCUGUAUCGUUGAUCAUGUCACAGGAGAAGGCAUACCUGGUCUCGGGGGAUCCACAGCAGCCUCCUUAUCCGCAUAAUGAGGUGUCUUAUGGAAACGACCAUUAUCCGCAACAGCCUCCACCUUAUGGACAGCCUCCUUUUCCGCAAGCUGCCUAUGGGCAGCCCCCUUAUCCACAGGCUGCUUUUGGGCAGCCAGCUUUUCCACCAGCUGGCUAUGCACAGCCAGCUUUUCCCCAAUCUGCCUAUGGGCAGCCUGGCUUUCCACAAGGAUCGUAUGGAGAGCCACCACAGGCGUUUCCUCAGGGACCAUUCCAGCAGCCCCCCAUGCCUCCACCUCCAAUGAUGCAUUCAAAUGUUGCCUUGGGAAGCCCUGGUUAUCACGAUGAUGUCCCACCAUCUUAUUAUGACAAUGAAGAAUUCACUGCAGCAAACUUUGAAGACAAGAACAUCCGCAGAGCAUUUAUUAGGAAGGUCUACAUGGUUUUGACUGUUCAGCUACUGGUGACUUUCAUUUUUGUGUGCGUUUGUACCUUCGUUUCUGAUGCCAAGAGAUUUGUGAGACGCACUCCUUGGAUCUACUAUGCCUCGUAUGGAGUAUUCUUUGUUACUCUUAUUGCUCUCAGCUGUUGUGGACAAAUCAGACGGAAGCACCCCUGGAAUCUCAUUGCUUUGUCUAUCCUGACCCUGAGUAUGUCAUACAUGGCUGGAAUGAUUGCCAGUUUCUACAGUACGGACUCUGUAGUGAUGGCUGUUGGCAUCACUGCAGCUGUUUGCUUUACUGUUGUCAUUUUCUCUAUGCAGACAAAAUAUGACUUUACUUCCUGUAUGGGCGUGAUGUUGGUAUCUGCAGUUGUGCUCUUUUUUUUCGGAAUUCUGUGCAUUUUUAUUCAGAACCGAAUUCUCCAGAUUGUGUAUGCUUCUGUUGGUGCAUUGAUCUUCACAGUGUUUUUGGCCAUUGACACACAGAUGAUCCUGGGGAACAAACAGCUGGUUAUCAGUCCAGAGGAAUACGUUUUUGCAGCUCUCAACCUUUAUACCGAUAUUAUCAAUAUCUUUAUGUUCCUUAUGACCAUCAUUGGGAGUUCCAGAGAGUGAGAAGUCAGCAGUCAAGGAAAUGUGCUCCUAGCACAGUGAAGAACUAACCUGAAGCCAUCUUCUCCUUUGUGUAGUCUAGAUUAAGGAAUAUUCCUCUCGACUGGUACAGUUGUAAUGCCACUCCUGUGAAUAAGCAUGUUUGCAUGGAUGGGCAAAUGUGAAUGUAACAGCUUCACCGUGGCCAUCAGUGCAUUUGUUAUCAGUUGCUUCUUGCAGCAGGUUCAUCAUCUGGUAUUCCCUUUUACUUGUAUUCUCCAGUGAGUUUAGGGUUCAACUUUCUAAAGCAGAAGAUUAAUCACAUAGUUAAUUUAAAAAUAUUUGGAAAUUUCUUUGUGGAGGAGUAAGAUUAACACUGCUGCAAAAAACCACUUGUACACUUUAUUGAGAAAAUUAUGAAUUGAGGUAUUUUACUUCUGAAUUUAAGCCACCUGAAGUUGUUUAAACCAACUGAAUCAACUAAGUCUGUAAGCGUACUAAAUUCUAUUUCUGGAUAUUUUUAACCUCAAGUGAACCUGAAUAGCGCACAUACUGUUUGCAAAUCAGUGAAAUUAAAUUAACCUACUAAAUGUUAAAUGUAUAACAUUGCGAAUUACAAUAUAACUUGAUUUAAGUUAGGAAAACUUGUAGCUUUUAAUGUACCAAUCUUGUUGCCUGUACAGGCCAUCUAUAUAUCAAAAAAUUGAAAAUAAACUAAAAUUGGAGGAGGGGAUUGGGGAGGUGGGUUAAGGAGAGGAAGCAGCAUUUGUUUUGAAUGACUGUCUAUAUUGUUUAAAUCUAGUGGGAACCAGCCUUUAUUCUCAAAUUAAGUCAAUAUUCAGUUGCUGAAUUUAAGAUAAAAUAAUUCAUCUUUUUCUAAUAGAAGUAGGUUCAUUUUGCUAGUGUGCAGAGCUUUGGGUUUGCUUCUAAAACUGCAAGUUGGAUUUCAACCCAAAUGAAGGGAAGUCCCACAGUGGUUUAUUUUUGUUUUGAUUUGUAAAUGAAACUGGCUGUUCGACAGGCUGCCUUAGGAAUGUGUUCUGAGAGCAGAACCUGCAUUUUUGAGGAAAGUACCUAGAGCUGCUUGGUGGCGCUGUAACUGACCAAGGAUUGCACUGCAUUUUAACCCUUUAUCGAUUUACGACACAUGUAUGUAUGAAGAAGUUUGUGGUACGAUGCUUUUCCCUCCCUACCAUAGUAUUUAUUAAGUGUAUUGUAUUAAAGAGAGCAAGCUUUUUGGAAUUCAUAUUACAGGUACUCUUAUUUCUGAAUGUUUUCCAGCUUUUAGCUUACUCUCCUUGGAAGUCAACGCAACCUAAUGUUUGUUAGAUUAUUUAAAACAUUUUUGUUAGUCUUCAGUGUAGUCAUCAAUAAAUAAGUUUUGUUAUCUAACGUUUUAAGACCUCAGAUCAAACUAUUGUCCAGUCCUUUGCCCAUUUAUAAACCAAGUUUGGGCCAUCAGAAACCACCUAAGAAAUUAGGCUUUGCUAAUCAUAUUUGAGGUUGGUGGAAUAAGAAGGGAAACCACAAUAAAUGUUACUGUUUUGUGAUGUACCUAACUCCUCCAGUGAAAUUUAUCAUGUAGAAUUAACUGUAAUGUACAUUUUUUGUAUCCACUUUAACUGCAUUAGUGUGAUCAGUCAUGGGACCAUGUAUCAGGAAUGACUUAAUUGAAAGAUUCAGGUUUUCAUGUACAUAGAUGGGAAAAUUCUGUAAAUGCUUUAAAAAACAUGAGUUAAUAAGAAUGCAAUUUGCUUAAAAUUAAGUGCUAUGAAGGAGGCUGGUCCAAACAAUUCACAUUUCAAGCAAGUAAUUUAAUUUGUUAUCAAAUAAAAGCAAGAAGACUAUAAGUGUGUUUAAAUUUCUAAAAUGUUUUGACUGUGAACCAAGAACUUGUACAACUGUUCAAAAAUGCAUGAGUAAAACUAAUUUUUUGAUGUAAUAGUGUUUGGAGAAGUCUGCUGUAGUAUUUGAACAGGUUGAGGUUUAGAUAUUUAUUUCUCAUGUCCAUUCUAGGUAUUUAUUUCUAAUAUGCAGUAUAAACCAUUUAUAGAAACUUGCAAGAAACAGUUUGAUCUCGAUGGGGAUAUAAGUUAAGGACAAGGAUGCAUACUAUGUUUUUAAUUUUGAGAACUGCAACUUCACAUUCCGCUUUGGGGUAUUAUAUCUUGACAUACAAAAGCAAAGAUCCUACCUCCAUGCAAAUAUUUGUUUUUAAAAAAACAAUUUGCUUUAAUUUUUGAAAACGAGCAUUAAGAAAAACUAUAUUCAAAGGACAUGAGGCAUUGAAUGAAAAUUAAGACUUUAAACUGUUCACUCUCUUUGUUUCAUCAAUUUAUCCUGUUGACCUGAAGGUUCACUAACAUUUCCAGGCUACCAGUUUGGAAUUAGCAUGCACUAGAGCCUUGCCUUCAUGCCAUGGUUUUAGUCUUUUACCAUAGCAGUGCUGGAAAAUACUAUAAAUAUCACUAUGAUAGCUUAAUUUAUGACUAUGGGCCAAAUUAUGCACAGCCCUUAUUUUUUAAAUAUAAUAUCUCUCAAACAAGCGAUUUAGAUAACUAAUGCUUAUUCUCUACAUAAGCCUGCUCCUGCCUGUAUCUCACCUGAUCAACUUAUCCUUCAUUUCAUCCUUUUAAAAGUCAAGAAAAAAGAGAGAUGAGAAAAGAAAUUUAACCCAUUGAGCUAUUGUGCAUUGCCACGUACCAUCCCUAACUAGUAGGGCAGGCUAAUGACAACAGGUGAAGUUAAACACUGGCCAAGUUCAAAUUAAAAUUGCAUUUUUCUGUUCAUUUUUCUCAUCCCAAAAUAAUUUUGCUCUCCAUUAUUUAGUCUGAAUUUGUGAACUUUUGUAGAUAUACAGAAGCACUGCCAGAGUUGGUGUGAUUAUAAUCCUACUUGCCCUUAAUCCUUCACUGUGGAAUUAUGUAUUUGACAUGAACAGCCUGGUUAUAAUCUACUCAAUGAGGCCAAGUAAAUGCUAGAAAUGUAGAUUUGAAAUAUUUAACAUCUGGGAAUCCAACAAAAUCUCUCUUGCUUAAGGUAUUGUUGAUAUUCUCAUUCAACAAAGCCCAAUGUAUAGAGAUUUUUGUUUUAAGGUGUAGUGAGUUAGCACAUUUUCCUUUUCACUUCUGAGUCCUUGGCUCCAAUUCUCCCUGGAAGAAUGGGAUUUGUGCCACCUCUUCUGGCUUUGAAUUUUGUGAAAUCUUAGUCAAGUUCUGAGUGAGCCUGUGAGAUGUUUGGUGGAGUAAAGGAAAAUAUGACACUACUAUGACAAAUGUCCUUGUAAGGUUUGGGAUUGCAUCAUUGAGCGGGGGAGCUUUUCUUUGCCAAUAUCCUGUUUAACUUUUCUGGUAAAAUAUAAUGCUGACAUUUACUCUCCAAAUGGGAAAGUGUUCUACCUAUGCGCUCUUUCAGGUUACCUUGAAACAGUGGUGAAAAAUGGAACAGAAAAAUGAACAAAACAUGUUCCGAAAAAAAUUUGCAGUUCAUAAAAUACGGAAAUUUUGAACGUAAUUUAUAGAAUCAUCUCAAUUCCUGAACCUGUUCAUUCUAGAGGUCUCAUUUCAUAACGUCUUUGCAAAAUGAUGGAACACAUUUCAGAUGUGUUCAGCGAUUUUGGCAACAGAUGAAUUUUCAUUUGCCUCAAACUGAUUCUUAUUUACAGUAAUCCGUUUAAUCCAGAUUGGUUGCUAAUUUGAUCUCUCGGCAUUCUUAGUAUAUUGAGUUAGGCGAUUAUUAACAUGCAUGCUAUUUUCUCUAUUUCACAUAUUGAAAGGAUUUGACUUGUCUUUAAAAACAAGACAGAAGAAGUCUUGUACAGCUUUUAGCAGAUGUUUUCAAAUUUUCUGGACUUUGUUUAUAUUCAGUUAUGCAAUUUUCAACUAAACAGAUGCUAAAUGUAUAGUAUUUAUAAGAUUGUCAAUACUUAUUACCACAAAUCCUUUUUGCAUGAUCUUCAAACCUGUUUAAUGCGACUUUUGGAUUAUUUUAAAAUAACUUUUUAAAACAGGCUAACAUUAAGUAAAGUUUCUUCUGGAAUAAAUUUAGCACUGUUAAAUAUUUUUUUUGUGGAGUACCUGUAUUUUCUAUCAUGUUCUCAUGUAGAUUGUUGGGUCAGAGAGUGAACUUUUGAUGUAUUCUUAGUUUGACGUGAGCUUUGCACCUAGGAAAGAAGUUGACCAUGUUAACCCCCAUGUAUUAAAUUGGCUAUAAUGAGCAUCAAAUCCAUUCGAACCAUUCAAUUUUCUAAACUCAGUACUUACCAUUAACAAAUUAAAUGCUGACCUAAUGAAAUUCAAUGUGGUUGCUAGAGGUUUGUAGUUAAGUGCACUUUUGACUUCAGAUAUGUUCUGUAUUGCUAUAUUAAAUGAAGCUACAUUGCAGUAAUUAAACAAAUUUAAAUAAAGUUUUCAUGCACUGUA